AUGUAUUCAAACCAUCAGCAACUUCGCUCAGCUGCCAUGAAGAGAACAAGUGAAUGGAUUUUCUCCCAGGAGAUACCCAAGGAUGUCAAGGUUAACGUUGGAGAAACUUCCUUCUCACUGCAUAUGUUUCCGUUGGUCUCAAAAUGUGGAUACAUAAAGAAUUUGGUAUCCAAAGCAGGGAAUUAUGGUCUCCCUGUUAUCGACCUUCCAGAUAUUCCAGGUGGUUCAGAAGCAUUCGAAUUGGCAGCAAAAUUCUGCUACGGAAUAAAUUUUGAAAUAAGUAUAGACAACAUUGCAAUGAUCAGGUGUGCAGCUGAGUAUCUCGAGAUGACAGAAGAUUAUGCAGUCGUGAACUUAGUGAAUCGAACUGAAGCCUACUUGGAAGAAGUAGCUUUAGUGAGCCUUACUGGUGCAAUUUCCGUGUUGAUUCAAUCAGAAAAGCUUCUUCCAGUGGCAGAAGAAGUAAAGCUAGUGAGACGAUGCAUAGAUGCUAUAUCAUAUCUAGCCAGCCAGGAGAUCAACCACUGCGAGAUAAACAAGAUCAACGAAUCUGUCGGUUCUUCCUCGAAAUCUCUAACUAAACAGAAACCUAUUCUGGACUGGUGGGCUGAAGAUUUGACUGUUCUCAGCAUUGAUAUCUUUCAAAGGGUUAUUAUGGCAAUGGUAGCUAGAGGCUUAAAGCAAUCUUUCCUUGCUCCAGUACUUAUGCUUUAUGCAAAGGAUUCUCUCCGAGGAUUGGAAAUAUUUGGCAAGGGAAGGAAGAGAAUUGAGCCAAAGCAUGAACAUGAGAAGAGAAUCACUCUGGAGACAAUUGUGAGUCUUUUACCGAGGGAGAAAAAUUUAAUGCCGGUUAGCUUCCUCUCAAUGCUUCUAAGAGCAGCAAUGUAUUUAGACACAAUGGUUGCAUCUCGGAUAGACCUCGAGAAGAGAAUAGCAAUGCAACUUGAGCAAGCAGUUUUGAGUGACCUAUUGAUUCCUUCAUUUCAACUCAAGGGUGACACCAUAUUUGAUGUUGAAACCGUAAAACGAAUUAUGAAAAUAUAUCUAGAAUGCAAAACUCAUGAAGGUACCAUGCCAUGCCCGAAUGCAAACAACAAAUAUGUCUCUCCUUCAUUAUGUGAUAUGGACAAAGUUGGGAGGUUAAUGGAGAGUUAUCUUGCUGAAGUAUCGUCUGACCGUAACUUAACUGUUUCGAAGUAUAUUAGUCUUGCUGAAUUGGUCUCGAAACAAGAAAAGGUAACCGAGGAUGGCAUGUACAGGUCCAUCGAUAUAUAUUUGAAGGCUCAUCCAACUUUGAUUGACAUGGAAAGGAAGAAGAUCUGCAGCUUAAUAGACUUCCAGAAAUUAUCAAUGGAAGCCUCUUGUCAUGCAGCUCAGAACAACCGACUCCAUGUGCAAACUCGUGUUCAAGUGCUUCAUCACGAGCAACAACGGCUUCGAGACGUCAACCCAGUUGUAGCAGAUUCACCUCCUAAACCUCAGAAAGUUAAUGUUUAUUCGAUGAGUAUAAAACCUCCUCCUACCGAAUGCUUGAAUUUAGAAAGAGAAAAUGAAGAUUUGAAAAUAGAGUUGGUUAGUAUGCGAAUGCGAUUAAAAGAGCUAGAGAAAUCGGCCGGGUAUGCACAAAUGAGUAGUAGCAGCAGCAGUGUUCUAGCAACUGGAAAUAAACUGCAUCCGCGUAGAAAAUCCUUCAUUAACUCUAUAUCAAAGAAACUAGGAUGGUUAUCUCCCUUUGCUCGUCCUGACGGAUUCAAGAGUUUCGAUGACAAAGGCCAGAUGAAUGUUACAAAGAACAGACGACAUUCUAUCGCCUGAUUCUUAGAACUACUGAAUGAAUUACUUAAAUUGCUUAAGCUAUUUUUCGUAUUUUUUUUUUAAUAUAUUCAGGAUUGAUUUACAUUAUUGCCUAAAUGUAGACAUGGAUUAUAUUGUCCUUUGAAUAUCAUAAAAUAAUAAUAGUUCUCAACUCCCUGCA